ACGUGGAUUUUAUUUUGGUUUAAAUAUUUUAAAAAUUUUAUUUACAUAUUUUUAUUCCUAUUAGUUUUAACUUUUAUUUGUUUGUUUAUCGUGAUAAUUUCAAAAUUCUUCGCGGAAUCCUCAUUAUUAAAUAAAUCUGUGUUCUACAAAUUUAAACUGAUUAAUAUAAAAAAUGCCGUCCGAUUUGGUUAUGAACGUUCACGAGGGGCAAAUCGAAAACAAGAGUAAAAACUCAUAUUUUGUGAAGGGAAAUUAUGAGUACUAUCACUAUUUAUGUGAUGAUUUCGAUGACAGAGGAUGGGGAUGUGGAUAUAGAACGUUACAAACAAUUUGUUCCUGGUUGACUCAUAAUUUACAAACAAAUGUAAAAGUUCCAAGUAUAAAACAGAUUCAGGAUAUCCUAGUCUGUUUGGAAGAUAAGCCCAAGUCAUUCGUAAAUUCCCGGCAAUGGAUUGGUAGCUUUGAGGUAUGUUUGGUCAUAGAUCAAUUAUAUAAUGUUCCUUGCAAAAUCAUUCACGUCAAUAAGGGUGAUAAUUUAGAGACCAUAGUUGAAAGCUUAAAGCACCACUUUGUAAAUUUUGGCUGUCCAGUUAUGAUGGGUGGUGAUGUGGACUGUUCCUCUAAAGGGAUCAUGGGACUUCAUAUUGAUGACAAAGAAUCGAGUCUUUUGAUUGUGGACCCUCAUUAUGUGGGAAAGGAAGAGACAAGGGAAUUUCUACAAAACAAGGGGUGGGUAAAAUGGCAACCAUUAGGUGAAUUCUUGAGUUCAUCUUUCUACAAUUUAUGUCUACCACAAGCUAAAGCCAUUUGCAAACUAAAUCAAUGAAUUUUGGUAUCAGAAAUAAAACAAUAAUUUAUAAA